AUGUCAUUGAACGAAAAGAAGAGAUUUAAAGUGGUUUUUGUUGGUGAUUGUGCGGUCGGAAAGACUUGUCUUUUGAUUUCAUUCACUGAAAAUGAAUUUGAUGGAGACCAUGUCCCGACUGUUAUUGACAAUCGAAUUCACACUGUUAAAUACAAAGAUGAAGAUGUUAUUUUGAAUUUAUGGGAUACUGCUGGACAAGAAGAUUUUGACAAUUUAAGACUUUUGAGUUAUCCAGAGACAGAUAUAUUCAUUGUUUGUUUUUCAGUGGUGUGUCCAGAUAGUUUGAAAAAUGUUAAACAAUUGUGGAUGAAAGAAAUUUCUGAACAUGGAAAAGCAUUUUCUCAAACAGUUCCUUGCAUUUUGGUUGGAACAAAAACAGAUUUGAGAACAGAUGAACGUACCUUGCAUGAUUUGAAAGAAAUUGGACAAGAACCUGUCACUUUUGAACAAGCUCAACAAUUUGCCAAUGAAAAUGGUUUUUAUUUUUAUAGGGAAUGCAGUGCAUUGAAGAGAGAGGGAAUUGAGGAAGUGAUUCAAAGUGCAAUCGAGGCGAAAAUUCAAUUGAUAACAAAAACAGGUCGAAGAACGAUGGAAUCAAGCAAGGAGGAAUCCACUCCAAAAAGUGCAAUUAACACAACAACAUCUGAUGAAGCAGUAGCAACACCUGUGACCAAUGAAGAAACUCUAGAUUUACCACGUUCUUCAACAGACCAACAACUUCAAUCAGUGGACACAAGCACCACAAAUGAAGUAAGGAACAAACCUUCUCAUGAAAAAGCAGACACUCAACAGCAGGCAAACCUCAUGUUGUAUCCAUGGUUGGUUCUCGUCUCCCUUAUGAAAUGUCAAUGUGAAAUUUUGUGA